AUGGACCUGGAGCCGUGGGGACCGCUUUAUCGCAAACAAGACCAAGAUGGGAGUCUGGAUAAUAUCGCAGUUGUAUCCGGAGACAUUCCCUCACCUCACCCAAAGAAUGAACCAUCACAGACUUCCACUCUUCAUAUUCCCCGGGAUUCUGAUCUCGACAGUGACAUCCCGUCGGUACCUACAGCCCUGAUCAUUGCAUGGGGCCUCACCCUGUCCAGCCUUACCGGAGAUGAGGUGGUUGGCUUCGACUUGCUACCAUUCCGGGGAGACUAUCAGGACUUGGGUGCAAGACCAUAUCACUUUCUUCUCAAGUUUGGCUACCGCGAAUGGUCCAGAGAAGCUGCGACGACUGGGAUGGAUCUGGGGAGUGCCUCUUCGGAAGGGCUUCCCCAAGGCAUGGGCAAUCGACCCCAAAUAGCCCCUAGUCGAUUCCGAAAUGUCUUGAUCAUCAAACAAUGUUCCGACGCUCCUGGGGACAGUGGUUCCCUAGAAAGCCCUUCUUUGGGGAACGUUGAUAAAGACGAACCCACAGAUGCCUUUCGAGCAGACAUGUUCAUUUCCAUACAAUGUGGUAUCGGUAGGACUGGUAUUGAUGUGCAUUGCUCAUUUGAUCCGGCCUUUUGGACCAGCGAGAACAUCCGCAUGAUACUGUUGGAUCUAUCUCGGAACUUCAAAGAAGUCAUGCGAUGUGGUCGUGACGACACUCCUCUAACUUGCCUGGAGGGAAUGAGUCCCAAGGGCCUAGAUUGUGUGCUAAGGAGGAAUAUCAUCCCACCUCCACCCAAAAUGGAAGCAUGUGUGCACCACAGAUUCCAGGCUCGAUGCCGGCAGAAUCCAUCAGCGUUGGCCAUCGAUGCGUGGGACGGUCAAUUGACGUAUGCCGAGCUCGAUUCUCUUUCCUCCCAACUGGCAUCCCGGCUCGUAUCCUCCAUAACCAUUUGCCCCCGUGGAUUCAUGGGUGUGCUGAUGGAGAAGUCGGCCUGGGUCCCCGUAGCUAUCCUAGCCGUUCUGAAGGUGGGCAGCGCGUUUGUUUUCUUGGAUGGUUCACAGCCUCUCCAGCGCCUCAAGAUUAUUUGUGCCGAAACAAAAUCCCAGCUCGUUCUAUCAUCAGCUCAUUACAGAGAGAAAGCGAACACGUUGGGGCCACCCGUUUUACUAGUGGAGAAGAACCAGUCAGGUCUAGGUCAAGCUAAAGAGAACGAUAGUUGUCCAUCACUCCUGGAAGACUAUCCGCAACCGCAGUCGCAACCGCAAGACACGCUGUAUGCUGUUUUCACCUCCGGCUCAACCGGGGAGCCCAAGGGAGCAAUGGUGGACCAUGGGGCGUUCUGCACCAUGUGUGGUCCGCAGAUGGCUGCCCGUCCUACGACCAAUGUGUCACCCCGGGUAUUCCAAUUUGCCCCUCAUGCAUUCACGGUUAGCAUCUUGGACUAUCUAGGAACCUUGCUUCAAGGAGGCUGUGUAUGCGUACCCUCUGAAGAGGAAUUGCGGAACAACAUGGCCGGUGCUAUUGAGGGCCUCAGUGCCAAUAUCGUGACAAUGACUCCAUCGAUGGCACGGGUCUUGGAUCCUACACAGACACCUUCUCUGCAACUGGUGCUAUUGGCAGGAGAAAUGAUGGCCCAGUGUGACCUGGAUAAGUGGAGCCAGUGUGUCCGGCUCUUGUCCUUAUAUGGGCAGUCUGAGAAUGCUGCUGGCUCGAUGAUUUCGGAAAAGUCCAUCGUUCCACGUGCUCCAAAUACAUUCGAGACAUUAACCCCCGGCUUCCAAUGCUGGAUUGUGUCUCAAGAUAAUCCUCACCGGCUGAUGGCUCUUGGUGAAGUCGGGGAGCUGUUGCUCGAAGGGCCGGCCCUGGGGCAAGGUUACAUGAACGAUCCGAUCCAGACGGAGGACAAAUUCAUCUGUCGCUCGUUCUGUCUCGAAUAUGCUCACUCAGGCAGUCCUCAAAGCUACCGGCUUUUCAAGACUGGUGAUCUUGUGCGCUACACGCCGGCGGGUGAGAUAGAGCUCCUGGGGCGCAAAGGGGCUGAGGUCAAGCUCAGAGGCCAACGCAUUGACCUCACUGAAAUAGAGCACCACCUGCGGUGCCUCUUCCCAUCUGCGACUCGGGUGGUGGCCGACGUCAUUAUACCCUCGGACGAUAUCGACGGCCUUCAUCCGGUGUUGGCUGCAUUCGUCCAGGUUGACUCAGUGAGCCGUACUGGCCAGUCCGCGGAAGCGACUUUUGCUUCUCCAAGGCCCGAGUUCCGUGCGGAAGCAAAGGCCGUACUUUCGGGUCUUUGCCAGACCAUUCCUAGUUACAUGAUUCCCAUGACAAUCAUUCCAACCGAGGCAUUUCCGUUCACGGCCACAGGCAAGCUAGACCGGCGGUCUCUUCGCCAGUAUGCCUCUGCCAUGUCCCGUAGUGACUUACUCAAAUAUGUCACCGAUGAUAGAGGGCCUGUGGUAACUGCUGUGACUCCAGUAGAGAUCAUUAUUCACGAUGCGUGUGUGGAGGCGUUGGGUGUCUCUUCCGACAAAGUUGGCAUGCUGGAUAGUUUCCCAGACCUUGGCGGAGAUUCUCUAGCUGCCCGCCGCAUGGUUUCAAUAUGCCGUACGAAGGGGUUGGAGCUGGCAGUGGCGGAUAUCCUGGCCCAUUCUUCUUUGACCUCACUGGCAGAGAAGUGCUCUGCGGGAGGCGGCGGGGCAAAACAGAUCUCUCAAGGAGUCGAGAUGUUGGAUCCUUUCUCCACAGCCAAAGAAGAAUUUUUGUCUCAUCUUCCCAGCUUCCUGCCGAACGCGGACAUGAUCGCAGACGUCUUUCCUGUGCAGGGGGCACAACGCCGGGCAGCCAGAGCAAUUGACACGUUUAUCUUUCGUCUGUCUGGCCCAGUAGAUGCUGACCGGCUACGAGAUGCGUGCCAGGUCCUCCAACAGGCACAUCUGGCCCUUCGAUCCAUCUUUGUGCCGUUCUAUGGGAAGUUCAUGCAAGUCGUGUUGCGAGUACCACCCCUCGACUUCACUCGCCGACUUCUGCCGGACGGAACUGAUCUGGUCAAAUGGGCUGAGUCGAUUGGCCAAGCGGACAAGACUCAGCGACCUCCGUCAGAAGAGUUCGUAGUGCGGUUUACUCUAGCAGAGACCGCCGGAACUCCAGACUACAGUAUCUUUAUGAUGCGGCUAUCGCAUGCCCAGUACGACGCAGGGUGUCUGGCCCGCAUCAUUUCUGACUUGUGGGCCGUAUACGAGCAAAAGCAACUCGUUGUCAAGUCUGACUUCGCCCAAUACGCCCGUAGGGCAGUACAGCAAACUCAUCUUCUGAGCAUGGAGGCAUUCUGGCGCGACCUGCUUGCCGGUACCACUGGUUUGACACCGCUGCCGGUUACAGGAAUCUCGGCGGAGGAAGAGAGAACCAUCAUUGUUCAACAACGUGUAGAAUUAAAAGAACCACCCCCCACUGGCAUCUCGAUGGCUACAGUCGUCAGAGGGGCUUGGUCAUGGGUGCUACACCAGCAGACCGGGAACACGGUCGUAGUGUUCAACGAGAUGCUCAACGGUCGCGAUGUAGUGCCACUGGAGGACACCGAACCUGUCGUCGGGGCCUGUCACUCCAUUGUUCCUGUCUGUGUUCAUUUUCCCCUUCCCCAAUCGGGUCGGACUCCCAGGGAACUCCUGUCGGCUCUGCAGGAACAGCACUUGGCGUCGCUCACCUUCACCACUCUGGACAGAGACUACCUCAUCCAGAACUGUACGGAAUGGACUAGUCACCAGUCAGGGUUUAUCCUGGCCUAUCAGAACUUCCCUGAGAUCUGCGACCUAGUGAUCGGGGAAGAUCUGUCUUGUCAGUGGGCGUCUCAGGUGCUUGAUCUUGCUGAGCCCGGUGAGGCUUGGGUGACAGCAACGCCUCUGCCAGGGGCUUUGCAGAUCAGUCUACGCGUGUCCACUGCAGCAAUGGACGAGCAAGAGGCCAAUGCAUGGAUUUCAGCGCUGGGUCAAACUAUCAUUCGGUUUCUUGAUUCUCCUGAUAGUGUUUUAUAA